AGCUAACGCCCCGAACGCAACGCGUCAGCAAGGGGCGGAUCGCAAAUGGAUGUAGCAGGGUUCAAACAAAACCAAACCACAAGUUCAUUACCCUUGUUUUGUACUUAUUGUAGCCUGCUGUGGUUUCCAGGUAUAGAUCAUACGGACAGAUAUUCUAUGCACAGUGACAAGAAGAAUGAGUAACGUUACACCUGAAGGAAGAAUCAUUUCUGUUAUUGGAAGUGGGCUGAUUGGCCGUUCAUGGGCCAUGGUGUUUCUUAGUGGAGGGUACAGGGUGAAGAUCUAUGACAACCAACCAGGACAGGCUCUGAAGGCUGCCCAGGAAGUGAGAAAGCAGCUAGAGGAGCUCCAGCAGGCCCAGAUGUUGAGAGGAGAGCUGAGUGCAGCGGAGCAGUUUUCUCUCCUCAGCAGCCAUGAUGACCUCACUCAAGCACUAGAGGGAGCCUUCUUUGUCCAGGAGUGUGUGUUUGAGGAGCUGGAGGCCAAGCAGAGUGUGUUCCAGGCGGUGGAAAGUCACGUCGGAGAGAGUGUGAUCCUCAGCAGCUCCACUUCCUGUCUGCUGCCCAGCAACGUCUUUUCCCGCGUUCAGAACAAGACACGCUGCAUCGUGUCUCACCCGGUGAACCCUCCUUACUACGUUCGUCUGGUGGAGCUGGUUCCCCACCCAGAUACCCUGCCCACGGUGAUGGAGCGCACCCACGCCUUGAUGACCCGGGUGGGGCAGUCGCCUGCCCGUCUGAGGAAGGAGGUGGACGGCUUCGCCCUGAACCGCGUGCAGUACGCCGUCAUCGCCGAGUCCUGGAGGCUGGUCAAGGAAGGGAUCAUCUCAGUUCAGGACAUGGAUCUGGUGAUGACCGAGGGGCUGGGCAUGCGUUACGCUUUUAUCGGUCCCAUGGAAACCAUGCACCUGAACGCACCCGAAGGUCUGGGAGACUACCUGCAGCGCUACAGGGAGGGGAUGAGGAGAGUGCUUUCUUCCUUCGGACCUGUUCCUGAGUUCACUGGGGAGGAAGCCGAGGCCAUCGUCCAGGAAAUGUGUGACCUCAUACCCAACGAUCAGCCGCACCUGUCCGCCAGGAGGGAGCGGCGGGAUCAGCUCCUGAUGGGCCUGGCCAAGCUGAAGAAAUGAGCGUAAUGGCGGAAUGUCUGAGGAUGCCCUGGAUCGCCGGGCUCUGGAACUUGCUGUGUGGAAUUUCGAGUUCUGUUGCAUUCUAGAAUUCCACUGAGCUCCAGCCUCCUGGGGCCAGCUUCGUGACAUUAACUCAGAACUUAAGAAUGGCCAUAUUUCACCCAUAGGACUAAACUCCUACACAGUUGGUUGCAUACAAAUCGAGAUCUACUGAAUUUAAGCCUGUAAAAUUUGCCCCAAUAACAAACACUAUCAACAUUUAUGUUGAUACACUGACCAGCUCAUUGUAUACUUUUACAAAGUGAAUCUCAGAGUUAGUUUUCCAUGUACCUGAUGUACCUUGUAAUGUUGUAUUUCCAGCAUUGCUUCAAUGUCUGUCGCCGUUUUUGUAAUUGCUUUGACCCCUUUGACUUCUCAGGUUGCUCAAAUCAUCCCUCCUGGUUGGCUCUUGUAAUCAAGCUCAGAUUUAAAGAGUGAGAAAACAAACGAUCACCUGCUGGUGCCAGUUUUGAUUUUAAAACUAAUACUUUGCGUGGAAUGAUUGUUUGAAUUAUUAAUGUGUCUCUUGCACAGCUACCAAUGUCAUCCUGUUAACAGACUUAAUUGAAAAGUAUGGCUUACUAUUGGAAAAGGACAACAUUGGUUUUCAUUGAUCAAGUAUUUCAAAUAUAAUUUCAGACAUGGCGCAAGCAUAACCUUGCACAUUAACAAGUUAGGAAACAUCAGAUAUUAAUUUGAUUAACAUGGUAGAUUUUCCGUGUCAUUUUUUACCUUAACAUGACCAUACCUGCAGAGUUAAUGGUGAAUUUUCUUUUCCCAGAUCAUCCUUACUAGCUAGCUAACUAGGGGUGGGUGAUAUGGACUAAACAGCAUCGUGAUUUCCAUAGACUUCUCGGACAUUAUCAAUGGAUGUCACGAUUUUUAAAAAGUUAUAAAUUGUGUUUAUUUUCCCUAAUAGUUGAGUGAUGCAUGAAUCAAUCGUGAUAUUAAACACAAGCUUUCAAGGAACAA